UUCAUUUCAAUAUGUGCAUGCAGGGGCAGACUGACCAUUUGGAAACUCGGGCACUGCCCGAGGGCCAGGGGUCAGUAGGGGGCCCCAUGAGAUGCCCCUGGUAUCUUUUUCAUAGGCUUUUUUGAGUUUGGGCAAGGACACAGGGGCCCCAUGAUCCCCUAUUGCCCGGGGGCCCCAUGAGUUGUCGGUCCGCCCCUGUGUGCCCCUGGUUCUAUUAUCAAAGCUUAAUUGAGCAAACUGAAGCUGAUUAGUUGCUAUGCACAGCUGCACCAUAUUCUGUGUCC